AUGAAUUCCUUAAUUAAAAAGACCCUUAUUCUAGCAGCUGUUGCUUUUAUAGCAUAUCUCACUAUUACUAACUUUUAAAGCACCUAGAACUUAAAGAAAGAAGAUAUUGCAUGUGAAGAAGGACUUUAUUACUGCUUCAGUUAUUGCAGAGAGUAUGAAACUUGUGCAUAGCUAUAACAAGAUCAUGAUAAAAAUUUGGCUGUAAACUUUCCUGGAUAAGACACAUGCAGACCUCCUUUGCAUAUGUGUGGUGAUGGUAUGUGCCACUCUGGAUGGUGCCCAUCUUGA